AUGGCCAACGCCGUAGUCCCUGAGAGUGAACGGCAGUACCUGCGUGUGCUCCAGAUGCAAGGCCGUGACCGUCGCUUCAGCUUCAAGUGGGAUGGAGCCUACUUCGAGUUUGAGAAACUGAAAGCUCUGGUGCAGGCAGAGGAAUGUGGUAUCCUGCAGUGGCAGGUGUUACUUGGCCAGCUAGACUCCUCGCCGCAGGCAACUCUGGAAGUGCGCCUGUUACGGGCUCCACCCCGACCAGACGUUCUAGUAGAAGAGCAGUUGGUCAAGCGCUUACGCACAUUUUUCUUUGUUUUACCUGAGACUGAACAUGUAUUCCGCAUUGUAUUUGUGAAGGAUCUUGAUGGGUUUGAGCGGAGCUCUACGGCGGGGAAGUUAUCAACUUUGUAG